CCCUCCUUUGAGACCUACGACCGUGUAUAUUAUUUCUCACGUUGAUAGUUGUUGUCAUACCAAAGUGCUGCUCGAACUCUGCACAAUGACGUCUGAAGAGAAUUGGGAGAAGAUUGCCGCGGCGAAGCGGGCUGCUCUCGCGGAACAAAUCCCGCCCGAAUACCGCGUCCCGAAAGACCAAUUACCACCAGAAUCGCAGCUCGACGUUACGACGUGGCCCAAGGAAUCUGGGUGGUUCUCUCCAAGGGAGCUAGAGAUCACCGGUAGCACUGCAUCGCGAAUCCUGAAGCAAAUUGCGUCGAAAGAAUGGAGUUCAGAGGAGGUGACACGAGCAUUCUGCAAGCGUGCUGCUGCAGCCCAGCAAUUGACAAACUGCCUUAGUGAUGCCUUCUUCGAGGAGGCGAUACAAAGCGCCAAACAUCUCGAUGAUCACCUCCAGCGAUCCGGCAAGCUCGUGGGACCGCUCCAUGGCUUGCCAAUCUCUCUCAAAGAUAACUUCAAUAUCAAAGGCAGGGAUAGCACUGUGGGCUUCACCUCCCUGGUCAACAAGCCAGCAGAGUACAACGCGACAUUAGUAGAUAUCUUGGAGAGGCUUGGCGCGGUGCGGUACUGCAAAACCAAUGUACCCACAGCUAUGAUGAUCGCGGAAUCGGUAAACAACACGUUCGGGCGGACGUUGAACCCACUGAACCGCAAAGUCACAUCUGGCGGAUCUUCAGGCGGUGAAUCAGCCCUCAUCGCUUUCGGUGGCAGCGCUCUCGGAGUCGGGACCGAUAUUGGCGGUAGCUUACGUAUACCAGCAGCAUGCACGGGCAUAUUCACUCUUCGUCCGUCUUUCGGUCGCUUUACCACACAGCGAUGUAGAUCCGGCCUCGCGGGUCAAGAAGCUGUCCAGAGCGUAAAUGGACCGAUGGCAAAGACCCUUGAAGAUAUCACAAUGUACUCGAAAGCUAUUGUAGAUGCGCAGCCCUGGCUAGUGGAUCCAAAGAUGCUGCCAAUACCGUGGCGGCAAGUAGAGCUAAAGAAAAGGCUCAAAAUCGCUGUGUUGUGGAACGAUAAUGUGUGUAUGCCUACACCUCCAGUAACAAGAGCUCUUACGGAGACUGUGGAAAAGCUGAAAAAGGCUGGCCAUGAGAUUAUUGAUUGGGACCCUAAGUUACAUGCUACAGCGCUGGGCCUUCUGGGCCGAAUGUUCGUCGCAGAUGGUGGCAAGAGCGUCGAAGCAUUACUCGCCCCAACGGGUGAGCCGUACCGACCAGAAAUGGUUCAAUACAAGGACGCCAAAGACUCUGGCGUUUUUGAGCUGUGGAAGCUGCAUACAGAGCGAUCCGAGUUACAGCGCCAGUAUCUUGAGCAAUGGAUGUCAUACGAUGGACUCGAUGCUGUUUUGGCACCUACUACGCCGUACGCAAGCGUUCCACAUGGCGACUUCAAAUAUGUUGGGUAUACUGGAGUCUACAACGUUGUCGACUAUGCUACUGUGUCGUUCCCAACCGAGAUUACUGUUGACAAGGCAAAGGAUAAGCCGGUCGCAGAUCACAAACCGCAGAGUGACUUCUGCAAGGCCGCGCAAGAUAGCUAUGACCACGAGCUCGUGCACGGCUUGCCCGUCAGCCUGCAACUCAUUGCGCAGAGGCUUGAAGAGGAGAAGGUUCUUGCCAUGACUGACAUCGUACUUCAAGCCAUCAAAUCUACGGACUAAGCGGAUUUCUAGAAUGGUGUGCACCUUGACUUGUUAUGAAAUUGCUUCAAAGAUUAUAAAGUCGGUUAUGUCGUCCGAUUUGUAGGCAUGAUCCUGAUUUGCACCUGGUCGCGAAUGCCUCCCUUGGCGGAUGCAGUUGAAGCAAGAGCAAUGAGUCUACCGUAAAGAUCACACAUACAAACAGUAACUCUCUCCCCGCUCUCACUAUAACACCACAUCCAUACCCACCUCAUUGUAUAUCCUUUCCAUCUCGCAGUCCUCCACGACCAGCUUCCUCGAGUCCGAAACCUUCGUCCUAAUUACUUCUUCGCAUCGGCACUCGGAGCUGGUCGUUUCCUAUUCUGUAGAGCUCACAAACCUCUCACUAUCACUC